CUGCUAGGCGAAACGAUGUUGAGCAAAUGGCUUGUUCGCAUUCUAACGCUGUUCGCAAUACAGGCAGCUUUUGCGAAUUAUUGUUUCUUUCACAGAGGCCAGACUGUUAUUACUGAGGAGAAGGCAACGACCUGCCUGUUGACGGCGUCAUAUAGAGAAGCAGCCUGUACGGAGCCGGAAAAUAUCACUCAAACGGGGAUAUCGGAUCGAAGGAAAGGACUGCCCUUAUGUGGAGUUUAUUGGUUCAAUAAUGGAUUUCAUGUCGUAUGUUUGUGUGAUCAAAGCCUCUGCAACACCGCGAAGAAUGCGAUAAAAAUCAUUGAGAAAUCACUCAAAAACUUCACAAAAGCCGAAAAAAAGUUCAGAAGAUUCCUGAAGUUAACAGGCACACCAGAAUUGAUUUCUUCGUCCGCGAACACAACACGAAACCGGGAGCUUUUAGAAUGUUUACUCAGACAUCUCAAAAGAAAUGAACCUGUCAUGAUAAAUGGUGGCUUGAGAGGGCUGCUGUUCAUUGCAGCCACUGGUGUAUUCGCUGUCUGCUGUGUCAUACCUCCACCAGUGUUUAGACGUCAAAAAUCUAAAAUGAUGGACAACGAUACGUCAGAAAAACAUCAGUCCGCGCAACGUGCUGCACUUUCACAAGAGGACAAGAACGAGAAAUAGGAUACUUUGUCAAUGUUCAUUCUUUCAGAACAAAAAUGACCUUGAAUCAAGCUAUAAAAUGCAGCUUUUUUUAGAGGUUUUAGAGAUGAA